CGGACAUCUAAACAUCCUAACACCAAUGUGAUACCCUUAAGGUGCUCCUCUUAACACUGAGAAUGAGCUCAACUCCAUACAAUCCACCGCUGUCCAGCUACCUAUCAAUCCGAAGAGUGAGCCAGGGGACGAGUUUCGACAAAUGAGCACCGGAUUGCCAUCGACGUUCAAGCACUUCCCGCUAUCGAGAGCACUCUGUAUCUUUUCCACAGUGGUACCCAUGUUGGUAUCACUGAUGGGGAUGAAGUACAUCUUUUACUAUUCGUACGAUCCUUUCAUAUCCCAGUACAGGCAGCUAUGGAGGAUGAUCACAGUGCAGCUGGCGUACGUGAACGAGAGCCAGGUGUUCAUAUCAGUUAUCGUGUUUUAUCUGCUGAGGGACCUUGAAAGGUUAUUCGGAACACCAAAGUACCUGGGGGUCAUCAUGGCAACGUACAGCUAUACGUUGCUGUUGAUUGCACUGCUGGCCUCUGUGAAGUUCUACACUGGGAUGCAGUGGCUGAACAGCGUCUCUUCUGGACCAACGACAGUGAUCUUUGCACUGCUAGCAAACUACAGAGACUACAUCCCCGUCAUGUACAAGUUCGAGAUUGCCAUAACGGAGGAACGUAAGAUCACAUUGACGGACCACUUCCUCAUAUACAUAUUGUGCUUCCAUCUAUCGGUGUCACAGGGCCUAGGAACCUUGGCCCUCGCACUCCUGGGAUGGAUAUUAGGAGAUUUGAUCAGCAGGGGAGUAAUCCCUGGGAAGCACUGGAGAUUACCAAACAGAUUGAACAGGCUCCUCAACGACAGGGAAUCCACGCCAGUGCUGAUUGCCGAAGUAGAAGCUGCUGAGGAGGAAGCAGAGCAAACAGCCACGGAGACAAGACCUCUGACCUCACAGUUUCUGGAUACCUUUAGACGGUGAUUGAUGCUGAGGUCGAUGAGUGCGGUACGGGACACACACCAUUAUUCCGGGCAGCAUAUAUAUCAACAUAUAAUUCAACA